GCUCGUUGGAAGGCGUGGACAUAGGCAGGUCGUAAGCGCAGCGCCUUCUCGGGGGCAGCGCUUGAUGCCAUGCGCAGGAGAGGUAGCUGGAGAGCCAGAAUGGUGGUGGGUGGCGUUGCAAGAGCUGGGAACUGCAUCGGCGAUGGUUCUUCUUGGUUGUUUCGGACGUGGCGCGAAACCGUCUUGCUGUGCUGCAGGGCGCUCGCACGGGACAGUCUUGGCUGUGAGGCUGAGGCUGGAGGGAGUUGUCGUCAUCCUCGCGGUGCGCAAGCGCCGACGAGAGGCAGGGCGAUUUCCUCCGCUGUGUGGAUUUCUUCCUGGUUUUCAUCAUCGAUUUGGUUCAAUGGCAGUGGAUAUCUCUGCUUGCAUUGCCGAGUUCGUCGCCAUGGCCCUGUUCGUGUUCGUCGGCUGCGGAACUGCUUGUGCCGUCGGCUGCGCAGAUGUGGCAGGGAAGUUGGAAACCGCAUUGGCCUUCGGUCUCGGCAUAACAGUUCUUGCGUAUACGGUAGGAGCCCACAGCGGCGGACAGAUCAAUUGUGCUGUCACCUUCGGCCUUCUCAUUGCCAGCCUCUUUGGGGUCGGUGACAUCAUCAGCGCUCCCCAGGCUGUGGCCAACUUUGUCGCUCAGACUGUGGGUGCCAUACUUGGUGGCGAGUUAGUGGCGGCUGUCUUCGUCGGCAAGAACGACCAGACAGGGGGCCUGGGAUCCAACGCUCUCGGCGAUGGCGUGACCGGCAUAAGUGCGCUCGUCGGCGAGGUGCUCGGAACCUUCUUGCUAGUGUACGUCGUCCUGGAGACUGCCGUGAACACGAAGUCCGAGGCGAAUCGCACCCUCGCGCCCCUCGCGAUCGGCUUCGCUGUCUUCCUCGCGCACUGCGUCCUCAUCGCGGUCGAUGGCUGCUCCAUCAACCCCACCCGCACUCUGGGGGCGGCUGUGGCCGCCACCCUCCGCCACUCCGACGAUGGGGCGCUGAUGGACAAGAUCUGGUCCCCCAUGUGGAUCUUCUGGGUCGGGCCACUGGUCGGGGCUUUCCUGGCGGUGGGCUGCUACAAGCUGGUGAACAUUGAUGCGGCCCCAGUGGCCUCGAAGGGCGAUGCGACCGACAGGGAUCAGUUGAUUUGUUAGCAGUGUCUCGCCGCCGCCUCUUCACUCACCUCACCCACCCGGGUCGACUCACUCACACUCAUACUCCCUGCUGCUCACACUCACUCGUGCACAGCCUCACUCCUGACUCACGCUCCCGAUCACCGCGAUGUGACGGGCACCGCGCUCGGGCCUCCCAGGGGAGUCGCCAGGAGGGGCCUCACUCGGAGGGGCCUCCCGGGCGGAGUGGCCGCCGGGCAGCGUGAGGCUCGUCUCCCCUCGGGGCCCCUGCUCGCCGCGGCGCGACGGGCGCCGCGCUCGCGCAGGCCUCCCGCGGGGAGCGCCGCCAGAGGGGCAUCUCAGGGGCCUGCACGCGCCCAGAUUGGAGGGACCACUCGGGCAGUAGUUCGAUGUAUCCCUCGGGACCUGGACUUCAGA